UGGCCCUGAAACAUACUUUCCCACAGACAAGAAAAGGAGUCUGAGCUGCGAACAUCACUUUUGGCUUCAGCUUCCCAAAGAGGAAUACCAUCCAAAUCUCCGCCACACAAAAAAAUAUUAAUUUCGCAGGAUGAAAAUCACGUUGGAAAUGCACAAACUUUCCACAGUGGCCCUCUGUGUGCUGCUCCUGGCCACACUGUUACCCGGCUCCAAGGCCCGCCGUGGACGUGGAGGUGGUGGGUUCAGCCGAGGAGGAGGAGGCUACAGCCGGGGGUGGGGAGGUCAGCCCUACAGACCACCGCCUGUCCAGAGCAGUGGCCCCAGUGCCGGGAAAGUAGCUGGGGCAGCUGCUGCAGGAGCAAUAGGAGGAUCCAUGCUCGGCUCUGCCUUGAGCCGUCCUGGGUAUGGGUAUGGGUAUGGCGGAGGAUUCGGAGGAUAUGGUGGAUAUGGAGGGUAUGGAGGAGGUUAUGGAUACCCACGAUACGGAGGUGGUUACGGCUAUGGCCCCCGCCCUGGCUAUGAGCCAGAGGGCUCUGGUGAUGUAGAGUACUACACCGGAGCAUCCAGUGGCCCAAUCUACAACAGCAUCAUUGUUGUCAUUGGCUCCCUAAUGUCCCUGCUCAUGGGCCACUGGGUGGCAUUCAUGUAGCGCUGGAGACGAAGCUGAGAUUUACAAACACACCAGAAAAAACCCUCCUUUCAAAAAUAACCCAUCCUACUGUAAAGGGGACAUUUUUAAAGUCAUAAUUCACCUGAAAUUUGAGUUUUCAGAAAUAAAAACCUGUUGCCAAUUUGUUUUAUGGACACUUCAGUGACCCUGUGUGAGGACAAUAAGAGGAGUUUGACUUAUCAAUGUGACACCAUUACGCUGAAUAUGAAAACACGCGGUCAAAAAUCAUUAUUAAAGUCACGAAAUGUAAUCUGAUUUGAUGUGAUGUUGCUAUCCUGUAUAUGCUGUAUAUUGUGUAUAGGUUAUAUUUUUUAGUAUUGCUUUCGUUGACAUAUUUGCAUAAUUAAAUGUUUUAUGAUCAUUUGUAGAUUUUUAUUAAAGAAUGUUCUUUAAUAUUUAAAACUGUUAUGAAUGUAAAAUAAAUGUGUGAUAUAGCUUCGUGUUGACAUUCAUUCUCCAUGCUAACCACAUCAUUUUAGAUUAUUUUAGAUUAUUAUUAAGCCUUAGGAACCUUUGUAAUCCUUUUCAGACUGACGUCACUGACUUUGUUUCUCAUUUGUUCUUGGGUUUCUUUAGAUUGUGAUAUGAAGCAUUGUGUUAUGAGGGCAAUAAUCGGGGCUAAGUGUGGCUAGUGAAACUGAACUGAGCUUUCCAAAAAAAAAGUGGUUAAUCAAAGUUAAUUUAUAAUCUAACAAGGAGAGGCAAUUACUUUUUCACACGGUUUCAGGUCGUUUGAACAGCUUUUUUUCUUCCUAAUAAAAGAAAUCAUCAUUUACAAACUGCAUUUUGCAUUUACUCAGGUUUCUUUGUCUAAUAUAAAAAUUGAUUUGAUUAUCUGAAACAUUUAAGUGUAAAAAUCAAAAUAGUGCACUUAUUUAAGUUAUGUCUGGUAUUUUGUGUACCAACACACUGGA